AUGGCGCUCGCAACGGCAGUCGCAGCAGGUACAACCGCUGCGGCGAUGUAUCUCGAUGGCAGAUAUUCUAUAACAAAAGAUUUGAACGAUAAAUUAAAAAUGAGAAGGGCGACGAAAUUACUCGCAGAAGCUGGUAAGUCUCAACCGCAAAUCAUAUCAUUCAUCUCUAAACAUAUCCGUGUAGAGAAGAACAAAAGAUUAUGUCUAUAUUACCUGUUCGAGGACAGCGUCAAAGCCCACCCAAAUGCAGAAUGUAUAUGGUCUCGUGAAGGAUGCUACACCUGGGCAGAAUCCUACGAUCGAGUAAACCAAUAUGGACAAUGGUAUCUUUCGCAAGGCGUGAAGCCCGGUGAUUUAGUGGCAUUUUAUCUCCAGAAUUCUCCCGACUUUUUGUUUGCAUGGUUGGGAUUAUGGUCGAUUGGAGCUGCUCCGGCUAUGAUUAAUCACAAUUUGGCUGGGAAAGCUUUAAUUCAUUGUAUCAAGGUUCCGAAUGCAAAACUCAUUUUGGUCGAUGAUGAUGAGGAAUUGAAAGCUAGGAUUGAAGAGGAGAAAGAGACGUUGGAGGGAGAGCUUGGGAUUAAGAUUCUGGUUAUGGAUUCUACGGUGCGAUCGGAAAUUCGAAGUACAAAGACCGAUAGACCAGAAGAUGUUUAUAGAGAAGAAGUUAAAGCAAAGUCGCCUUUGGGAUUGUUAUAUACUAGUGGAACUACAGGAUUACCAAAAGGCUGUACUUUCCAUGUGGCAAGAGGCUAUAUGGCGGGUAUCUCGAGAGCAGCUGGUCUCUCCCCAGUAAGAGACGACGAUCGAUGGUACAAUUGUAUGCCUCUGUAUCACGGAACCGGCGGUAUUACAGCCGUAUCCAACAUAAUGGGUGGCGUAACGAAUUGCAUCGGCAAGAAAUUCAGCACCUCCAAAUUCUGGGGAGAUAUAAGAGAUUCAAGAGCUACAUGGUUCACAUACGUUGGAGAAACGGCUCGAUAUCUCCUCGCUGCACCUCCUUCUCCUCAGGAUAAAGAUCACUGCGUACGUGUUAUGUAUGGAAAUGGUAUGCGUCCUGAUGUAUGGUAUAAAUUCAAGAAUCGAUUUGGGGUACCGGAAGUUAUAGAAUUUUUCAACAGUACCGAAGGAGUAUUCACUCUCACGAAUCACGCGCGUGGAGACUAUUUAGCCACCGCCGUGGGGCACCAUGGACUUAUCUCUAGAUGGCAGUUUCGCGAUCUUUAUAUUCCCGUCAAGGUGGACGAUGUUACUGGUGCCAUUGCUCGAGAUCCAAAGACUGGCUUCGCUAUUCGAGAAACAUUUGAGAAAGGUGGUGAGAUCAUCGUUGCUGUUCCUGAUACAAAUGUAUUUGCAGGCUAUUUCAACAAUCCCGAAGCAACGGAUAAAAAAUAUGAGAGGGAUGUGUUUAAGAAAGGAGAUCUUUAUUACAGAACUGGAGAUGCUUUAAGAAGGGAUAAGGAUGGGAGAUGGUAUUUCUUGGAUCGAUUGGGAGAUACCUUCCGUUGGAAGGGAGAGAAUGUCAGUACGGCUGAGGUUGCAGAGGUCUUAGGAAAAUACGAUGGAGUUGUGGAAGCUAUCGUCUAUGGUGUUCAAUUACCAUCUCAUGAUGGUCGAGCCGGGUGCGCAGCAGUAUUCAUCGAUCCAAGCAUUACCAAUUUUGAUUUUGCCGGGCUUCUUAAACAUACACGCAAACACCUACCCAAAUACGCCGUUCCAAUUUUCCUCCGCAUCGUCAAGGAAAUGGUUCCUAUCCAUAAUAAUAAACAGAAUAAAACGCCGCUACGUGAACAGGGUGUUGAGCAUGAUAAGGUUAAGGAGGAGGAUAAAUUGUUGUGGAUAGAAGAAAAGGGGAAGGGAAAUACAUAUGUAGAAUUCCAUCGGGAUCAUUGGACGGAUUUGGAACUUGGGAAAGCGAGAUUGUGA